AUGUCUACUGCCACCUCCUCCGCGCCGAAGUCAUUCGAUGACCUACAAGCCCUAUUGAAAGAAGACAUCAAAGUGAAGGUCGCUGGGUUUGAUGUCGAUGGAGUACUUCGCGGCAAGUUCAUGUCAAAGGAGAAGUUCCUAAGCGCAGCGAAGUCAGACGGCUUUGGAUUCUGUAGCGUCAUCUUUGGCUGGGAUUUGCACGACGCCGUCUACUCGCGAGAGCUUCUGAUCUCCAACUCGGGCAACGGAUACCGCGACAUUCUGGCCACAAUCGACCUAUCAACAUAUCGCCGGCUUCCAUGGGAGAACAACGUCCCGUUUUUCCUUGUCUCAUUCCUCGAUCCAGAUACCAAAGAGCCUAUAUGCGCAUGCCCCCGCGGCGUGCUCAGGAAGACGGUGGAGAAAGCAGAGCAGUCGGGCUUCCAGUGCUAUGCUGGGGUCGAGUACGAGUACUUCCAAUUCAAAGAGACGCCUCACUCGAUAGCGGAGAAAGGUUUUCGCGAUCCUACACCGCUGACACCAGGAAUGCAUGGCUAUUCGCUACUGAGAACGCAACUCAACAACGACUACUUCCACGCAUUGUUCGAUGAAGCUGCCAAGUUCGAUAUUCCGAUCGAAGGGCAUCAUACCGAGACAGGACCCGGUGUAUAUGAGACGGCGCUUGCAUACACGUCUGCGCUGCGCAUGGCUGACAACGCCCUCUUAUUCAAGUAUGUCGCAAAGAGCAUCGGCAUGCAACACGGUAUCAUCCCUAGCUUCAUGGCGAAGCCGUGGGGCAAUCUCCCCGGGUGCAGCGGCCAUAUUCACGUCUCGCUACGCGAUGCAGACGGCAAGAACGCCUUUGCGGUCAGCGAGGAGGAGCUUAAGGAUGGACGCAAGGGGGCCGCAUACGACGAGCUCAAGUACAUCAGCGAGACAGCCGAGUACUUCUUAGCUGGUAUACUCGAUGGAUUGACUGACAUCCUUCCCCUGCUCGUGCCGACUAUCAAUGGCUACAAGCGCCUUGUGGGCGGAGAAGCUUUCUGGGCCCCGAACGCCGUCACUUACGGCUACGACUCUCGCGCGGCAUCCGUACGUGUGAUUUCGCCGCCGUCAGUACCGACAUAUGCGACGCGCUUCGAGGUGCGCGUGCCCGGCGCUGACAUGAAUCCCUUCUUCGCCCUCGCCGCUGUCUUCGCACUUGGCAUGCGCGGGGUUGAAAAGAAACUGAAGAUCCCAACGGCGCCGGUUUCACAUUUCACAAUUGAAGACAAGCGCAGCGGCAAGGUCACAAUGCUUCCUCAAAGCCUGGAGGCCGCGACAAAGCGUAUGAUGGCACCUGAUAGCAUCGCGCGGCAGGCACUCGGGGAUGAGCUCGUGGAGCACUUCGGUGGAACGAGGGAGCAUGAGGUGAAGUUGUGGAACGAGGCGGUCACAAACUGGGAAGUCGAGCGCUACUUGGAACUUGCAUGA